UUUUGCUUUGUCAAUCUUCUUCGCUCUUCUAUCUUUUAAUCUCAUCGCCGUCGUUAGGGUUUUUUUAAUCCUCGGAGCCAAAACCAUGGCGUCUCUCGCCAAGUUUCACUACUCUGAUCGAACGUUCCACCUCAAGCUCAACGACGGUCAGAGAAGCUUUCAACCGAAACCUACUUCAUACCGAAUCCUCCAGAAGCCUCCUCCCUCUCGCGCCAUUAGAGCUUCAUCGAGCCCUAAACCCUCUUUCCUCAAAUCAACCUGCGUAACUCUCACCACAGCCGCCGCUCUGUUCUCCGCCUCCCUACACCUCUCCGCCAAACCCGCGGCCGCGACCCCAAUCUCCUCUCCUCCUCGACCGUCAUCCACAGAGUCAAUCGAAACGGACCAAAUCUCAUCGCUGGAGAAGCACAUCGCCACCAACCCAAAGGACUCGGAAGCUCUCCAAUCCCUAAUGAAAAUCAAACUCCAAUCCAAAAACCUCGACCAAGCUCUGGAGAUUCUCAACCGCCUGAUCUCGCUCGAUCCCGAGGAGCAGGAGUGGCGGCUCCUGAAAGCUCAGGUGCAAACCUACGGCGGAGAUUUCGACUCCGCGACGAAAGGAUUCGAGGAGAUUCUCGCCAAGGAUCCUCUCCGCGUCGAGGCUUACCACGGACUCGUGAUGGCCUACUCCGAUUCGGAGUCAAAGCUCUCGGAGCUCGAGGGCAGAAUCGGGGAAGCGAUCGAGAGGUGCAAGAGGGAGGACAAGAAGAAGGAUUUUCGAGACUUCAUGCUUUUGAUCGCGCAGAUUAGGGUUAUGGAAGGGAAUCCGAGCGAGGCGCUUAGGGUUUAUCAGGAGCUCGUGAAGGAUGAGCCUAGGGACUUUAGGCCCUAUCUGUGUCAGGGUUUGAUUUAUACUUUGUUGAAGAAGAAGGACGAGGCGGAGAAGCAGUUCGAGCAGUUUAGGAGGUUGGUUCCUGAGAAUCAUCCUUAUAAAGACUAUUUUGAUUCCAAUAUGCUCAACACCAACAAGCUUUUCGCUAAGGGUUAGGUGAGGAAAGGCUUUGAGAAUUUGAGUUAUGUUUGGUUUGUAGUUUGUGUACUUCAUCAAUUAAAACUUGUCAUAAUCGAA